UGAACCGCAAUUCUCAGAUGGGCUUAGCAGAGGGCAUUUUCCAGGACACAGCGUUCUGUCGAGUUCUUUUCCGGCCGCAGCUUAAUGCUGGCUGUUGCUGAUGCACUGCGAUCUUAAAUGCCGACAUGGAGCAGGCUCUUUCUGCCAAAGCAGCUGCUGCGAAGAAACAUUGGCAAGCGUGCACCAUGCACAGCGCAAGUGAUGCGGCAUCGAUGGGGGAGGGGCAUGGCCAGAACACGGCCCCUGGGAUUUCUCAUCGUUAUUUUCCGAGUGGGCCGCCAGAAGGAAUUAAAAACAUCCCAGUUGCCUGCUGAAACAAAAAGAAACGGCAUCUGUGAGAAGAGGGCGGGUUGAGAGCCCGGGUUUGUUAGGUGGGGGCCAGCUGCCGCAUGCCUGCCGCCCACUCCCGACUUUUGUUUUGCUG